UGCGCAGAACGUCCCAGUGGAGCCCCCGAACGUGAGACUGAUGUUAUGUGUCCUGCAAUGGCCUUCAAAUGCUCGGAAUAAGCACUCUAAUGUCCGUCGAGCUUCUCCCUUACAAUAACGCUCAUUGCACGUUUACUCCAACGACAUCCCCGCCGUCUUACCAUGCCGAGCAACAAGCUUGACAAGCCGGAGGUGAGUGACAACGUCAAGGUGGUCGUGCGAUGUCGCCCCCUCAACCAGAAGGAGAGGUCCAUGGGCCACAAACUGGCUGUGUCGGUGGACGAGAUCCGAGGCACCAUCACAGUCAACAAGCUGGAAACCUCACAUGAGCCCCCCAAAACAUUCACCUUCGACACGGUGUUUGGGCCUGACAGCAAACAGCUGGAUGUCUACAACCUCACCGCCAGACCAAUCGUCGACUCGGUGCUAGCAGGGUACAAUGGCACCAUCUUUGCCUAUGGACAAACUGGCACCGGGAAGACCUUCACCAUGGAAGGUGUUCGAGCAGUACCAGAGCUCCGAGGGAUUAUCCCCAACUCUUUCGCCCAUAUUUUUGGUCACAUUGCUAAAGCGGAGGGAGACACAAGGUUUUUGGUUCAUGUUUCAUACCUGGAGAUCUACAAUGAAGAAGUGCGAGACUUGUUGGCUAAGGACCAGACGCAGAGACUUGAGGUCAAAGAAAGACCGGACGUUGGCGUGUAUAUCAAAGACCUCUCAGGCUAUGUUGCUAACAAUGCUGACGACAUGGACAGGAUUAUGACUCUGGGCAACAAAAACCGAUCUGUUGGGGCCACAAAUAUGAAUGAGCACAGCUCCCGAUCUCACGCCAUCUUCACGAUCACCAUCGAGUGCAGCGAGAAGGGUGUGGAUGGAAACCAGCAUGUGCGCAUGGGAAAACUUCAUCUGGUGGAUCUUGCGGGUUCAGAAAGACAAGGUAAAACUGGCGCCACAGGCCAGCGCCUGAAGGAAGCAACAAAGAUCAAUCUCUCGCUCUCCACUCUGGGUAACGUCAUCUCCGCCCUGGUGGAUGGCAAGAGCACUCAUGUGCCCUACAGGAACUCUAAACUCACCCGCCUGCUCCAGGAUUCACUAGGAGGGAACUCAAAGACGUUGAUGUGUGCCAACAUAGGCCCAGCAGACUACAACUAUGACGAGACCAUCAGUACGCUGCGCUACGCCAACAGGGCUAAAAAUAUCAAGAACAAAGCAAGAAUCAACGAGGACCCCAAAGAAGCAUUGCUGCGAAAAUUUCAGGAGGAGAUUGAGGAGCUGAAGAAGAAACUAGAGGAGGGUGAGGAGAUCUCUGGCUCGGAGGGCAGCGGGUCCGAUGAGCUUGAUGAGGGCGACGAUGAAGGAGGAGAAGCCGGACAAGGGCGCAGGAGACGAAGAGGAAAGAAGAAGCUUUCCCCUGAAAAGAUGGUGGAAAUGCAGGCCAAGAUUGACGAGGAGCGAAAGGCUUUGGAGGCAAAGCUGGACAUGGAGGAGGAGGAGAGGAACAAGGCCAAGGCAGAGUUGGAGAAAAGGGAGAAAGAUCUUCUCAAAGCUCAACAAGAGCAUCAUCUUCUGCGUGAGAAAUUGUCAGCCUUGGAGAAGAAGGUGAUCGUAGGGGGCGUAGACCUCCUGGCGAAGGCUGAGGAACAGGAGAAGCUUUUGGAAGAGUCCAACAGUGAGUUGGAAGAACGCCGCCGUAGGGCAGAGCGACUUCGCAAGGAGCUAGAGGAGAAAGAGCAAGAGCGGCUGGACAUUGAGGAGAAGUACACAAGCCUUCAGGAGGAGGCCCAAGGAAAGACUAAGAAACUAAAGAAAGUGUGGACCAUGCUCAUGGCUGCCAAAUCAGAAUUGGCAGAUCUGCAACAAGAACACCACAGAGAGAUCGAGGGCCUCCUGGAGAACAUCCGCCAACUCAGCCGAGAGCUGCGACUCCAAAUGCUGAUCAUCGACAACUUUAUUCCUCAGGAUUACCAGGAAAUGAUUGAGAAUUUUGUGCACUGGAAUGAAGGCAUUGGAGAAUGGCAGCUGAAAUGUGUGGCUUUCACUGGCAACAAUAUGAGAAAACAGACCCCUGCGCCUGGCAAAAAAGAAAAAGAUCCGUUUGAGGUGGACCUGUCCUAUGUGUACCUGGCUUACACAGAAGAGAGCAUGCAACAGUCACUGAUGAAACUAGAGAGGCCUAAAACCUCUAAGAGUAGCAAGAGCGGCCGGCCCAAGACUGGUCGGAGGAAAAGAUCAGCAAAAGCAGAUGCUGCCAUCGACUCUCCACUGCAGUAAAGGUAUCGCACAGUCAAGAGAAAAAGUCUCCUUUGCGGAUUUAAACUGAUGACCAUUCCUUUAAAAAGGUGAUAUCUGAGUACACUGUACAGCUGACACGGUUAUAAAUGUGAAGCAGUUGUUGUUAGGAGCAUUAUAGUUAUUAAUAAGAUACCCAGCCUCGCAUAUAGCUUUGAAAGCCAUGUCAGCAGCAGCACUCUUUGUUUAUUAAGCUCUGUUACGUCGGCACCUCGGACGCAAAGUCAACCUGAAUGAUCCGCGUCAUGGCAAUAGUUGUCCUCAUUGGAUGUUCAUUCAGUCCAAUAAAUGCUCCGUUCAUUCCACAAAACGUAUUAGCAGGAAUUAAAAAAGCCUUGUUCAAAUUUAUAUAAAUAUUAUAAUUAAAUUGUUAAUAUAGUGGAACCUCCAAUGAUGCUGGACGACUUCUAGGUCAUUUUAUUUUCAGGGGAAAAAAUUAUGCGUAGGAAAUAAUUUAAAGUGAAUUUAUUUGUUGGGAUUUAAUCAUAAAAAACACAAUUAACUCUACAACCAAUGUUUUAAGUCAUAUAAAAACAAAGGUCCACACUCACUGUACAUCCAUCCAUUUUCUUCCGCUUAUCCGAGGUCAGGUCACGGGGGCAGCAGCCUAAGCAGGGAAACCCAGACUUCCCUCUCCCCAGCCACUUCGUCUAGCUCUUCCCGGGGGAUCCCGAGGCGUUCCCAGGCCAGCCGGGAGACAUAGUCUUCCCAACGUGUCCUGGGUCUUCCCCGUGGCCUCUUACCGGUUGGACGUGCCCUAAACACCUCCCUAGGGAGGCGUUCGGGUGGCAUCCUGACCAGAUGCCCGAACCACCUCAUCUGGCUCCUCUCCAUGUGGAGGAGCAGCGGCUUUACUUUGAGUUCCUCCAGGAUGGCAGAGCUUCUCACCCUAUCUCUAAGGGAGAGACCCAAACUCAUUUCGGCCGCUUGUACCCGUGAUCUUGUCCUUUCGGUCAUGACCCAAAGCUCAUGACCAUAGGUGAGGAUGGGAACGUAGAUCGACCGGUAAAUUGAGAGCUUUGCCUUCCGGUUCAGCUCCUUCUUCACCACAACGGAUUGGUACAACGUCCGCAUUACUGAAGACGCCGCACCGAUCCGCCUGUCGAUCUCACGAUCCACUCUUCCCUCACUCGUGAACAAGACUCCUAGGUACUUGAACUCCUCCACUUGGGGCAGGGUCUCCUCCCCAACCCGGAGAUGGGACUCCACCCUUUCCCGAGUGAGAACCAUGGACUCCGGCUUGGAGGUGCUGAUUCCCAUCCCAGUUGCUUCACACUCGGCUGCGAACCGAUCCAGUGGGAGCUGAAGAUCCCGGUCAGAUGAAGCCAUCAGAACCACAUCAUCUGCAAAAAGCUGAGAUCUAAUCCUGGCACCACCAAACCGGAUCCCCUCAACGCCCUGAAUGCGUCCAUAGAAGUUAUGAACAGAAUGGGUGACAAAGGGCAGCCUUGGCGGAGUCCAACCCUCACUGGAAACGGGUCUGACUUACUUCCAGCAAUGCGGACCAAGCUCUGACACUGAUCAUACUCACUGUACAAUAAAGCUAAAAUCAAGUCAAACUACUCACACUUUUAAGGGAUAGGUACCAAAUUCCCUUAUAUAGACACCAACCGAAUUCCGUGUCUACUACCGAGUACCGAUUCAAGUAAAAUCAAACAGUGCCAUAAAAACAUACUUGUGUUGCACGUGACGUCAUGUCUUGUUGCACUCGGUCAACUCAAACAUUUGGCAGCAAAAGAAAGCAUUCAAGCAGCAUUCAUCCAAUCCACUUUAUUUAUAUAGCACAUUUAAACAACAAUAACGUUUCCAAAGUGCUGCACAGCCAUGUUAAAAACAAUAUUAUGCUCCACCAAUGACUGAAUAAAACAAAAAAUAAAACCAAUCGAAACAAUAUAACACAAAUAUGAUUAAAAACAAUUUUAAAGGGUAAAAUCAAUUAAAACAGUAAAAUAAAAAUCAAAGUAUAAAAAACACAGAGGACAGAGGACCACACAACUCACGUAGUGUUAAAAGCCAAAGAAUAAAAGUGGGUCUUAAGACGAGACUUAAAAGAGUCCACUGUGGAAGCAGUUUGAACAUGGAGGGGCAGAGUGUUCCAGAGCUUAGGGCCGACCACAGAGAAGGUCCUGUCUCCCCUGGUCUUAAGUCUGGUCUUGGGCACCACGAGCUGGAACUGGCUCUCGGACCUCAGAGCGCGCACAGGAAUGUAAAUUUGGAUGAGGUCUGAGAUAUACUGAGGUGCCAGUCCAUGUAAAGAUUUAAAAACAAACAGCAAUGUUUUAAAAUCAAUUCUAAAAUGAACAGGGAGCCAGUGCAAACUCUGAAGAAUUGGGGUUCUAUGCUGUGGUUUCCUGGCCCCUGUUCAAAGUCCAGCUGCCGCCUUCUGGACUAACUGCAACCGGGAGAGAGCUUUUUGGCUAAUGCCAGCAUAAAGUGCAUUGCAGUAGUCCAGGGGACUUCAAAUAAAAGCAUGCACCACUUCUUCAAAAAACGGUUUAACCUUUACUAAAAGACGAAGGUGAUAAAAACACGAUUUUAAAACGCCAUUGACUUGUUUGUCUAGUUUAAAAUGGCUGUCUAUAGUGACGCCCAGGCUGGUGACUUUGGGACACACAUCAUGUUGCAAUGGUCCCAAGUCAGUGAGGGCCGGACAUAAAACUAAAAUUUCCGUUUUUCCCUCAUUCAUUAUUAAAUAAUUGUGUGCUAACCAAGCC